CUCUUUCAUAUUCAGGUUCUUCAAACCGUACAAUUGCCUCUACGCACAAUACCACCAAUAUGAAGCUCCUGACUAUUCUUUCUACGACUCUCUUCAUCGCCGCCGUGGCAGCCACACCUGUGAUCGAUAAGGCAGCAAGAGAAAUAAUACCUAAGUGCCCCUCCGAUCAAGCUACCAGAAACUGCAAAUUAUGUUUGGAUGUUUGGAGGCUUACUGGUCACGAUAUCGAUCCUUUGAGUUGCUGUAAACUCGCAGGCUGUGAGGGUUAGGUCAAUUUUUUCGGACCGGAGCAUAACCGCCGCAUAUAAUAGCCAACACUUGCCAAAUUUGAGCGUGUCCGCAGUCUCUAUGGUUAUUUGGAUUACAUUGUCUUUG